AUGGAAGCGAGCGACAAGCGCGUGGAGACCUUGCGGCCGCUGCUGAUGCAAACGUUGCGUCUGGACGACGAGCGAUGGCGAGAGUUUGUGAGCGUCAAGAAGCACCUGGUCUACUUCAACAGCUUCUUCAACACCAAGGAUGCGCUCAACCUCUUCGUGUGGCUCAAGGCGGACGGCGGCGGCGGCGCCGGCCUGGACUUCCCGUCGGCGGGUCACAAGGUCGUCUGUUUGGCCAAAACGCACAGAGACGUGAUGAGGGCCGAAAACAUGGCCGCCGCGCUGCUGAUGGAGGAGGUCCACGCGGACGACGUGCUCACUUUCAUCUCCGCUCUCACGCAGGAGGUGAUCUGCCCGUUGCUUAGCAACCCCGCCAACGAGGCCGGCUGGGCUCCGGGCGCGGCCGAGGAGACGCUGGACUUGAUGGAGAGGCUCAAGAACCGAGCGCUCGUCGUCAAGGCUCAGAAGGAAGGAUGGACUUUCCUGCCGCUUCCCAAACGUCUCCAUGACGACCAGGAGAGGACGCCUUGCGACGUGAAGCUCCUCCACGCCUGCGAGGGGCUCAUCAUCGAGUGGGCGGGGCUGGUGUCGGACUUCCUGCGGCAGAACCCGGCCCGGCCGCUCCCGGAAGGACUCGAACCGCGACCUUCCGAGGAGUUCGACUUCUGGAGCAACAGACUGCGGAACCUGGAGCUCAUCCUGCAGCAGAUGACGAGCGCCGGCGCCCAGCGGGUGGCGUCCUUGCUCGGGUCCGCCGAGGGGGCGUACCGCUCCGCCUUAAAAGACAUGCACGCAGACGCGCAAAAAGGACUGGCGGAGGCCCGGGACGCCGACGACAACCUUCGACCUCUCCGGUGCGAAGUGGAGCGACUGGAGCUGCUGGAGUACCCGCAGCUGCGGGACAACACGGCCGCCGUGAUGCAGACGGUGCACGGGCUGUGGAUCGGGUCGCGCUUCCACUGCAAACCGUGCUGGAUCGUCGUCCUGCUGCAGGAGAUCUGCAACCUCUUCAUCCACCGGAGCAGGGAGUUCCUGAACGGACAGGAAGUGAUGCGCGGCCUGGUUUCGGAUCCCGCGCAGGUUCUCGACGACGUCCGAGUGGUGACCUUGACUUUGCAGACUCUCAAGGACAAAUACAUCCAUCACAGAACGCUCCUGGAACAGCAGGAUGGGGGGCUCCACAGGUGGGAGUUUCCUUCUCAUCUGGUCUUCUCUCGCUUGGAUGACUUCCUGAUUCGCCUCCAAAGCAUCCAGGAAGUGUACCGCGUGCGUCUUCAGUUCCAGCUGGAGCAGGUGGUGGUGGCCGGCGGGCGCGGCAGGAUGUGGACGGCCGUGGUGGAAGGCGUGUGCCGCGACUUCCUGCGGGAGCUUCAAUUUCUUUCGGACUGCGAGUACGACGCCAGCGAGCCCGCCGAUCAGAGCUUCCCGGAGCAGGCGAGUUCCUUCCAGGAACAUGUGUCCCACCUGGAGGCCCGCCUGGUUUCCAUCCUGAGAGGAACGCUGGACGAAUGCUACCUGCCUUCCGCCGCCGUCAAGGUGGUCAACGUGUUCGGGCCGCUUCUGCAGCGUCCCGCCAUCCGGGACCGGCUGCGUUCUCAGCUGUCCAGGUUGGUGGAACUGGUCCUGAAGGAACUGGACCAGGUGCGGGCGCUGGUCAAGAGUAAGAGCAAGAAAGACGUGUCGUCCAAGUUCAGGUCGUCGCCGGCCGUCACCCUCAGGUGGGCGCAACAACUCAUGCUGAGGGCUCACAAUGUCCUGCACAACUUCCAGACCGUCCAGCACCUGUGUGCGGAGUCGUGCGAGACGGUGCGUCAGAAGUUCCAGACCAUCGCGGACCUGCUGCUGGACAUCAGGAGCUCCGUGCGUCAGGAAUGGAGCCGCCGGCUGGACCGAGACGCCGCCGCCGCCCUCCAACUUCCCCUCGUCCAGGAGCAGCAAAGCGUGCUCGGAAUUCCCUGCGGCCAGAAGCUCGAGGCGCUGCUGAGCGAUCUCAAACAAGCCAGCUGGGAGAAGGAUCUGGAGCUCCGCCCCCAAGUGGCGGACAUCUUGCAGCGCAGGCGCGACAUCGGCAAAAGUUACCUGAGCCUCACCGACAUCGUGGCCUCCUACAACCAGGUUGUGGGCGGAGCUCUGCCGGUGGAGCUUCCUCUCAUCCAGGACGGCCUGGAAGAGCAGAGGCGGAGCCUGUUGGAGCUGCGAAACAGCACCUGGACCAGUAAAGGCGUACACGAGCUGAUCGAGAAGAAGAGGCGGAGCUUGGACGUCUUCUUCUCCUCAGUCAACGAAGCGCGAGCCAACAUGGCCGCCAUGCGUGAUAUCACGCAGGGCUGGGCGGGGCUUCCCCUGCUUCAUCGCUCGGGCCACUUCCUGGAGAGGGGCGGAGCCACGGAGGAGAGCUACACGCGCGUGCGCGAGGACGGCGACAGGGUCAUACGUCUGACCGCGGAGAACUCGGUCCUGUACGGCGUGCAGGACCAGACGUCGCCGGUGUGGCUGGUCUACCUGGACCACGUGGACCAGAUGGUUCAGGACGGCGUCCUCCAGAUGCUCCUGCAUUCGCUCAACUUCCUGUCGCAGAACAUGACGCCCACGAGCUUCGGGGGCGCGUUGCUGCAGGUGUUGCUGCAGCUGCAGCUGACAGGAAGCGUCUUCGACCCUUCUCUGACCUCCGACCUGACCGAGGUCCUGAAGUCGUUCAUCGCCGACAUCCACGCGGCCGCCGCUCUGCCCCCCAGGGUCUCCGCCGCCCGCCCAGGCAACUACCAGGAGGCGCUGCGGGACGACGCCGAGUUGGCCGCGCUGGAAAAGGAAGUGAUGCUACGCCUGCAGGAGGCCAACGAGGAGGCGGAGCGCCUGAGGGCCGACCUGGACCGCUUCUCGCCGCUGUGGCAGAGUCACAAACGCACCGUCAUGGACGACUUCCUCAAGUACGGCCGACAGCUGGAGGAGGGCGAGGAGGACGUGGACGAGGCGCCGCCCACGCUCGCUGACUUUCAAAGAGAGAUCCACGCCCUCCAGAAGCAGCUGAGGGAGGUGAACGAGCUGGAGGACUACGACCUGGUCCACGGCUGGCUGCAGGUGGACCUCCAACCGUUCAAAGACGCCCUGCGCCUCUUCAUCAACAACUGGAUCAGCUUGUACACGCAGCACCUGCUCAAGCUCGUCAGACAAAGCAUGUCUCGGCGCAGCGUUGACGACGAAGACGAAGAAGCAGAGAAAUCGUCGGCGCGCCAUUUCCCUCUCACGGAAACCAUCAUGCUGCUGGAGACGGUCAACGUGGAAGUUCCCGAGCUCACCACGCUGCUGCAGAGCUGAUGGCGACGCCGAGAGAUCACAUGAUCAACGCUGCGCUUUUUAAAGUCACAUGACUCCAUUACCCACAAUGCAGCUCACAGUCACCAUCGGCGACGUCAUCAGCUUUGGACGCAGCGGCGGCAGAUUAAAGAACAAAAAUGACAGCGUAGAUUUUCAAUAAAUGAUUUAAUAGAA